AUGAAGACCAUUCAGACUCUUCCCGUGGCCAUGCUGCUCUCAGGUGUCAUUGCUGGAGAGUUCCCAUCUAUGCCAGGCAUGGGUAUGAAGGGUGAGGAAAUGUCUGCCCCAACCAAGCCGCCUGCUACUACUGGAGGUAGCAUGGGAGGCAAUUCCAACAACUGCCCUCCGGCUGUACCCGUCACCGUUACGGAGCCAGUUUACAUUACCGUAACGGACCGGCUGAACCAUGUUGUUAACACCUGUAUAGAAUGUCCAAUGGCCCCGGAGGCUCCUCCGCCUCCAGCAGUGCCUGUACCUCCUCCUCAGGCCACCAGCCCUGUUCCUGAGGCGCCUGCUCCGCCUGCGCCUGAAGGGCCUCAACCACCAUCUCCUCCUGGUGGAGAAUCGGGCCCUCCUUCACCCGCUGAGGAAUCUGGCCUUUCACCCCCCAAGGAAACAGGUCCCAGCACCAGCCCUGAGAAGCCCAUUGUUCCUCCUCUCUCUGGGCCCUCCCAGACCCCAGUUGGCCCCCCUGCCAUACCCGUUGCCGCUGGUACCAGGGAAACUUGGAGUUUGGGAGCUCUUGUAUUGGCAGGAGUUUUUGCUCUGGCACUCUAG